CUCUUUCAGUUUUAUAGCAACAAUCACACAAGCGACAAUGGCUAAUGCAACAAACAACGCUGACAGUUUCAAUGCAACAAACGACGUUGACGGUUUUUGGGCUGUAGGCCCGUUAUCCAUGCUUACUGGAAAUGUCAAUUUACUAACAUCUUAUCGACGUGCUACGCCACUCGGCAAUCUCUUUCGCAACUACCCUUCUAUGGACCAGGUUAUGGGCUUCAAACCUCUGUAUACUUUCACCAUCGGCUAUACGGGGAUGUGGACUGUGAGUCUUAUUACUGACACCUUGAGACUUCAACAUGAACAGUUUUUGGGACGAAUUAUAACUGCCAUCAAUCAUAUCCGAGAAAACAACACCAAUGAUCCCACUGUUACCUUCAACUACUCUAUCCUAAUGGGCCUCCCGGCGAAG